UCUUGUCGCUUCUAAGUCCCACCUCAAAAGGGAAGUAAUCGAAGUUAAUUUAUUAACAAUGAAGGCAGCCAAGAUCAUCCAGCAGUUAUUAUACUAUAUUCUAACUUUACUCAGCUUUGUGAUUACACCCAUAGCUGACAAAAUAUUUUCUUUGAUAUAUGAUGGAUCAUCCAAAGGUGUCCCCCCUGUUGAAGAUGAUAUUUUACUUCAAAGUGCAACAACUCUUGCCAUAAAAAUUAGGUCAAGGGAGUUGAUGGCAGAAGCUGUCAUGGACAAGUAUAUCAAGAGGGUAACUGAGCUACAUGAAGACCUUAACACAGUUGUGUCGAGACGAUUCACUGAGGCUAUAAAAGAGGCUCGAGCUCUGGAUGAAGAACUAGACAGGAAUGCUGAUGAUGACAAGUUCUCAGAGAAAAAUAAGCCUUUGUUGGGUGUACCUAUGUCAGUGAAAGAGGCAUUCAGUGUUACUGGAAUGCCAAAUUCUGGAGGUCUUGUGUCACGAGGAUCAUUUAGAGGUGAAUCUGAUUGUCCAGUUGUACAGAGAUUGAGAGAGGCCGGUGCUAUACCAUACUGUAUGACCAAUACAAGUGAGCUCUGUAUGUGGUAUGAGUCUGCUAACCGGCUGUACGGCCGUUCUAAAAACCCUUACCAUACUGGAAGGAUCGUUGGAGGAAGUUCUGGUGGCGAGGGUUGUAAUAUAGCGUCUGGGGGAGCAGUUAUUGGUAUAGGCUCAGAUAUAGGGGGCAGUAUACGUAUGCCUGCUUUCUUCAAUGGUAUCUUUGGACACAAACCUUCCAGAGGGCUUGUUCCUGACGAAGGCCAGUUUCCAUUAGCAACAGGGAAAGAUAAAGAUUUGCUGAGUACAGGACCAAUGUGCAGAUACAUGGACGAUAUUCUUCCCAUGUUGAGAGUAAUGGCAGGUUCUAACAAGCAGGCAAAUCUAGAGAAAAAGGUAGAUGUGUCAAAGUUAUGUAUAUAUAACAUAGUGGAUGAUGGUGGAAGUUUAUUGGUAUCUAAAGUGGAUCCACAACUUAAACAAGUUCAAGCAAAGGUUGUUCAUUUCUUGGAGACUUCUGUGGGUUCAACAGUAAAAACCAUUACCAUACCGAAGUUCAAGUAUGCUGUAGAUAUGUGGGCAGCUAAAAUGACAACAUCAGGUGGAACCACCUUCUGUGAGUACAUGGGAUACGAGGGACCACCUAUUAACCCUUACCUAGAGUUCCUAAAGUGGUGCAUUGGACAAUCGAAACAUACUCUGCCUGCGAUAGCUCUAGGUUGUGUAGAAAAACUGGAUCAUCUGCUUGAGGGCGUGAAUCGAAAGGCGCUGGCUAGUUUCGAGCAUAUGGAGGCAGAAGUUAAUGACUUGUUAGAUGAAAAUAGUGUAAUAAUCUAUCCUUCCCAUCCAAAGUUAGCACCUUACCAUAACCAGCCGUUAAUGUACCCCUUCAAUUGGGCGUACACAGGUUUGUUCAAUACACUAGGAUUGCCAGUGACUCAGAUACCACUGGGUUUAAGCACUGAAGGGUUGCCUCUUGGCGUUCAGAUAGUGGCGGGUAUGAACCAAGAUGCGGUGAGUUUAGCCGUGGCACAAGAGCUGGUAGAUGCUCAGAUUGCUGGCUGGGUAAAUCCUGGCACGAGUACAGCCUAGUCUCCGUAAAGUAAUAUUUAGACACAGAAUGAAAAGGCAAUGACAGAUGUAUUUUUAACUGCAGAUUUCACCUAAAGUGAUUUAACCCUUUAAACAACGCUCCCUUUUAACUAGUCAUCUUUGGUCCAUAAGUUGAUAUCGAUUUUAUAUGUCUUACUCAGGAAAUAAGCAUUAUUUUGGGAACAUCUAUUUAAAUUUUUUGUAAGGCAUUAGGUAAGUUAUUUAUAAUCUACCUCACAAGUUGAGUUUUAAGAUUUAACAAUACACCAACAUACUUAUUUGCUGAACGUGAGACUUCACAUUUACCACCUGUCGACAGCAAGACCAUCAUGCACUUUAAUUUGUAUGGCCAUCACUCCAAACUUGAGUACAUGUAUCAAAAUUACAAAUUUACUGUUUAUAUGACUUAAAAUAAUUAAAUUUUGUUUUAGUUCAGAAGUUAUUUCAUUUCUGUAUUAAAGGUAGCUGAAAGUUAUAUAAUAACCCUUCGAGCAUCCCUUAUAUGGUGGUAGGCUUAAAAUAUCCUAACACAGAAUCUGCAAAAGAAGGGAUUUUUAUUUUUUAAUCGGGAUGUUGGUUU